UAGAGGUCGAAGUUAGAGCAGGUCAAUGUGUCCUUCCACACGUGUGUCUGACAUUUCAUUACAGCAGCCGGCACCAUAGGGAAGCGUCCCGGUCUUCAGUUCGACAGACUACCAAAGUGAGCUCUCACAUAUCUCAGUAUUUCCGCAGACAUGCUGAAGUCUGUUGUCCGGGCGGUGGGAGCCGCGGUCCGUGUUUCCUCAGCCUCCACAUUCACAGCGAGAGCUCUACCAGUCAGCCUGCCGACAUUGUGCUCUCCCAGCGCGACUACAACUCGGCCCUUCACACGGUCACUGUCCAUGCUGAGCAGCAACGGGUCCUCGUCAGGAUUUAAGCCAAAACUGUUCCGUUCUAAGGUGUUCCAGCCCUCGUUGUCUUGUGGUUGUGGAGGACUACACACAGAAGGUGACAAAGCAUUUGGUGAUUUCCUGACUGAUGAAAUAAAAGAAGAGAAGAAGAUUCAAAAAAAAAAAAGUCUUCCUAAAAUGUCAGGAGGAUGGGAGCUGGAGUUAAAUGGCACAGAAGCAAAGCUGGUCAGAAGUGUUUCUGGAGAAAAAAUCGCUGUUACAUUCAACGUCAACAACAGUAUUCCUCCGAAUUUUGAGGAGGAAGCAGAAGGACAGCAAAAGCCAGCAGAAGAAGAGCCAGAUAUGGUGUCCUCGCCUAACUUUGUUGUUGAAGUAACAAAACAGUCAGCGAAACAUCCCCUGGUGUUUGACUGCCAUUUCCCUGAAGAUGAGAUCGGCCAUGAAGGAGAGGAGGAGAGUGACAUCUUCGCCAUUCGGGAAGUCAGUUUUCAGCCUGAGGGGGAUUUGGAUUGGAAGGAAACCAGCUAUACGCUCAACACAGACUCUCUGGACUGGGCCUUGUAUGACCAUUUAAUGGACUUCCUGGCCGACCGUGGGGUUGACAACACCUUCGCAGACGAGCUGAUUGAGUUGAGCACAGCCCUGGAGCAUCAAGAGUACAUCAAAUUCCUGGAAGAUCUCCAAGGCUUUGUCAAAUGUAACUGAAUUUAGACGCCAGUCACUUUCACCUGUCUUUAAGACACAUUUUUGCAAAUUUGGACAUCAGUUCCUAUAUGAAAUUAAAUUGUUGAAGCACUAACUUAUUUGCCUGGCAGUAAUGACUGAUGACAAUGUCUAUGUCAGCUAGCCACGUCGCUAGUGACUUCAUAUCCUCCUCCUCCAGUCCUGAGCUCCUCCUGAGCUUUAUUGUCAAUGUCCACCCAUGGUUUGUCUUUAUGAUUUGAUCUCUCCGACUACAACCAACAGUACAAGUUCUACAUGUUAAAUGUAUGUGUUUCCAAAUUGGAAGGUUUGUGUUCAUUAAACUGUGUUUCAUAUAAA